UCCUUUGUUUCUCCUCAUCACUUUCCCAAUAUCUGCAAAUAAAAGGCAUUCAUUUUCUGCUUCGAAUUUGUCAUUCCUCUUUCUUACCUUCUCCUUGGAGUUUUUCAUACAUCAAUGGGAAACGUGUUCUCAGUCUCAAUCUCUACCAACGACAUCGCUGGUUGUUGUGAUUGCACUGCUGCUCGAGCAAAUUACAUAUGCAAGCUUGCAGAAAAUCGGGUUACUUUGAGAACAGAGCUUCAAAAAUUAAGGGAGCUGAAGAACGAUGUGAAUAGGAAGGUGGAUGUGGCUGAGAGACAACAAAUGAAGCGUCUAGAUCAAGUACAAGGCUGGCUUUCCAGGGUGGAAGCCAUGGAAACUGAAGUCGGUCAACUGAUUGGAGAUGGAGCGGAGACCGUUGAGGAGAAACGAUUACGUGGUUGUUGCCAUCCCAAGCAUUGCAUCUCCAGCUACACGUUGGGAAAAAAAGUGGCCAGGAAGCUACAAGAUAUGGCUACUCUAAUGAACGAAGGACGUAAUUUUGAGGUGGUGGUUGAUAUUGUACCUCCAGCUCCUGUGGAGGAAAUACCCGGCCGACCCACUGUAGGCUUGGAAUCAACAUUUGACAAAGUUUGGAGGAGUCUCGAAGAAGAACAUGUAGGGAUGAUCGGCUUAUAUGGGUUGGGGGGCGUUGGGAAGACCACCCUCUUGACACAAAUCAACAAUCAUUUCCUUAAAACAUCCCACAAUUUUGAUGUCGUAAUUUGGGUAGUGGUUUCAAAAACUCCAAAUCUAGGGCGGGUUCAAAACGAGAUUUGGGAGAAGGUGGGAUUCUGUGAUGAUAAAUGGAAAAGCAAAAGCCGCCAUGAGAAAACCAAAGACAUCUGGAGAGCCUUGAGCAAAAAGAGGUUUGUGAUGUUGUUGGAUGACAUGUGGGAGCAAAUGGAUCUGUUAGAAGUGGGAAUUCCACCUCCUGACCAACAAAAUAAGUCCAAGCUGAUAUUCACCACUCGAUCUCAGGACUUGUGCGGGCAAAUGGGAGCUCACAAGAAGAUCCAAGUGAAAUCUUUGGCAUGGAAGGAUUCGUGGGAUCUGUUUCAAAAAUAUGUGGGAACGGACGCCCUUAAUUCUGAUCCAGAAAUACCUGAGCUGGCUGAAAUGGUUGCAAAAGAGUGUUGUGGUUUGCCACUGGCGAUAAUUACCAUAGGGCGAGCCAUGGCUUCUAAAGUGACACCCCAAGAUUGGAAGCAUGCAAUUAGAGUAUUACAAACAUGUGCUUCAAAUUUUCCAGGUAUGGGGCACCGAGUGUACUCACUUUUGAAAUACAGCUAUGAUAGUUUGCCCUCCAAAAUAGUUCAAUCUUGCUUCUUAUAUUGUUCUUUAUUCCCAGAAGAUUUUUUCAUGGUUAAGGGACUUUUGAUAUAUCAAUGGAUUUGUGAGGGAUUUUUAGAUGAAUUUGAUGACACGGAUGGAGCCAGAAAUCAGGGAUUCAAUAUUAUCAGUACCCUCGUUCAUGCAUGUCUACUUGAGGAAUCUUCAAAUACUAGAUUUGUAAAAUUUCAUGAUGUUGUACGUGAUAUGGCUUUGUGGAUAACCAGUGAAAUGGGGGAGAUGAAGGGCAAGUUUUUGGUACAAACCAGUGCUGGUUUGACCCAAGCACCUGACUUUGUCAAAUGGACGACGACAGAAAGGAUUUCACUGAUGGACAACCGAAUUGAGAAGUUAACAGGAUCACCCACAUGUCCUAAUCUCUCGACACUUCGUCUAGAUUUGAAUAGUGAUUUGCAGAUGAUAAGCAAUGGUUUUUUCCAAUUUAUGCCCAAUCUAAGAGUGUUGAGCUUAUCAAACACCAAAAUAGUUGAGUUACCAUCAGAUAUUUGUAAUUUGGUUUCAUUGCAAUAUCUUGAUUUAUUUGGUACUGGGAUAAAGAAGUUGCCGAUUGAGAUAAAGAAUCUCGUACAAUUGAAGAUUUUGAUAUUGUGUUCAUCUAAAGUCUCUUCAAUUCCACGAGGACUAAUAUCAAGUCUUUUAAUGUUGCAAGCCGUUGGCAUGUACAAUUGUGGACUUUAUGAUCAAGUAGCUGAAGGAGGCGUUGAAUCAUAUGGUAUGGAGUCCUUGGUAGAGGAAUUGGAGAGUUUGAAAUACUUGACGCAUUUACGUGUCACCAUAGCAAGUGCCUCUGUGUUUAAGAGAUUUUUAAGUUCCAGAAAGUUACCGAGUUGCACUGUAGCAAUCUGCCUCAAGAUGUUCAAAGGUUCAAGCUCACUCAACCUAUCAUCUCUCGAAAAUAUGAAGCAUCUCUAUGGGCUUAUGAUGGAAGAUUUGGAUAGCUUGAGAGAGAUUAAGUUUGAUUGGGCAGGGAAAGGAAAGGAAACAGUGGGGUAUAGCAGUCUCAACCCGAAGGUCAAAUGCUUCCAUGGCCUUUGCGAAGUGGUCAUCAAUAGAUGCCAGAUGUUGAAGAAUUUGACAUGGCUUAUUUUUGCCCCAAACCUCCUAUAUCUUACAAUAAGACAAUGUGAUGAAAUGGAAGAAGUGAUAGGUAAAGGUGCAGAGGAUGGAGGAAAUCUGAGUCUAUUCGCAAAACUCAUACGACUAGAGUUAAAUGGUUUACCCCAACUGAAGAAUGUGUACCGGAAUCCCUUGCCCUUUCUUUACCUUGACAGAAUUGAAGUAGUUGGGUGUCCAAAGCUGAAGAAGCUGCCACUCAACUCCAACAGUGCCAAUCAAGGUAGAGUUGUGAUGGUAGGAAAGCAAGAGUGGUGGAAUGAGUUAGAAUGGGAGGAUGAAGCUACUCUAACUACUUUCCUUCCCAGUUUCAAAGCAAUAUAAGAACAAGGGGCUUAGGUAUGAUUCCAAUUAAAAUCAACCAAAUAUGAUUGGAAUGUAUAUUAUUCUUUAAUUCAUUCUAUAAUUAGAUGCCUAUCGUUUGUAGGAUUUGAAGGAAUGGCAAAUGCUUGGUGUUUGUUGUGGAUUUAAA